AGCCACAGGACGGGACUGCCCGAGCUCGGUGCCAGUCCAUCGUUUCCUGAUUCCAGACAAUCACUACUUCUGCAGAGACGGCAGCGUCGCUGUUGACAGUAAGGACCAACCUACGGCUGAGAAAAGUAACGCUAGUCUCGUUAAAGGUUUGUCUUUCACAAUGGCGGAUAACAGGAAGACUACAGAUUAGCUGAUGCAUCAUAAUCAAAUGCAGAAAUCAGGCUGGCCCUCGACUGGCAACUCGGAAAAUACUAGCGGGAGCUGGAACAACGCCAUGGACGCUUCUCAGUACCCAGGCUACCCCUCACACUACUGGUACCCACAGUCUCAUUCCACGGGACACUAUGCAAAUUCCUACCCCUCUGGUUCAGAUGUUCAACCCCAGUACAAUCCACAGGUAAUGCCGGCAGGUUAUCCAAAUGGUCAUGGUGUCUACAGCCCAGCGCAGAGUCAAUAUCCAGCAAGUGGAUUCCACCCAUCCAACCCUUUCUACUGUGCCGACGCUCAGAGACAGGCCCCAGGUACUUACCCUAACCAGGUCUGUCCUGCGGAGCAGAGCAGCGGGACGUCUGGGCAGCCACACUCUCAGCACCAACAUCAUCACUAUCCUGGUCCACACUGUCAAGGGGGUCCUGGAUAUCCUCCAGGGGCGUACCCUCACUACAGUGAAGGUGGUCAUGCAAUGACUUCAAACCCCCCAUACCCCACUGGCCAGCCUCUCCACACAAACCCUCAGGCCGAUGCUUGGGCGCACUCUGGUGCGUAUGCCCCCCCACAGCAGCAAUGGCAGGCAGGUCAGCAGCCUCCACAAAACCACUACGGAAAUCCUGUCCGCCCACCACAUCCUCCAGCAUGGCCAGGAACUGGAAGUGGCGCUCCUCCACCUUACCAACCCAAGGAGCAACAGCACCAACGUGCUCCACAAGUGGGACCCAAACCAAGGCCAACCCCAUCCCUGAAUCCCCCAAAUGGAAAACCUGCUGAAAUAAGUUCACCUCCCCAAAUGUACAACAAAACCGGGAGAGGUGAGCCUAAUCCUUCGCAAGGUGACCCCCCGCCCUCGGCCCCAGUACAAGCUCCAGCUCCAGGCCAUGCUGGACCUCAUCCCCUGAGCGAUAACCCCGGUCUAGCUAAGGUCCAACAGGUCAUGGCCAGAAUGCCACUGCUUCAGGAGGAUGUUGAUGAGUUUGUUGGCAAAAAGACAGACAAGAGUUAUCGUUGUCUGGAGGAACUGCUGACCAAAGAGCUGCUGGUGCUGGACUCCGUGGAGACUCAGGGACAGGAGAAUGUCCGGCAAGCCCGAAAGGAGGCUGUACAGAGGAUCCAGGCCAUUCUGGACCAUCUGGAGAAGAAAGCCUUCUGAACUGGACUUAUUUACUGGUUUGUGGGUCACUAUGUCUUGCUGUUUUCUUCUUCCAGAUCUUCCAUGGACACAAUGAGGGUCAAUUCCUCUCUCUCUCUCUCUCUCUCUCUCUCUCUCUCUCUCUCUGAGCUGUUAUCUUAAAGUUUUUUUCCACCAUCAUGAUAUAAAAUGCCACAAAUAAGUGGCAUGGACCCAGACCAAGACAGAGCAAUUAUUGGUACCUGGAAUCAAACUUUAAAGCCCAAUUAUGCUGGUAAAAGUGACAUGAUGGUGUUAGAAGUGUAAACUGAUGGUUGCACAGAUCAUAAGUGACUUCCAGCCUCAGUGAGUGACUGUGCAGGAUACACAAUCUGACACUCUUGCUCAGCUUCUCUUUAAUGUCAUGCCUUUGCCAGCAUAAUGCAGGGCAGAGUCACAGGAUGAUUAAUUUAGUGCCACUUUGCAACUGUUGGUGGUCUCUAACCUGUGAUUCAGAUUCAUGCUGUCCCUCAGGAUUGCGGGUUGGAUUUGGUCUGAUCCUGCAUCUUUUUUCAUCUCUCAGUCCGUUUGCACGAUAUUGUCAUCCCCUCCGAUAGAGGCCAUACAAUUAGUUGCCCAUUGUCACUUACUUUUCAAUUUCUCUGCAGGAAUAGGUGCAAAGCUUUCCUUUUCAAUUGUGCUCCCAGCCCUGCAUGCACUGUAAUGUCAGAUAAGCAGUCAAUACAGUCCUUACAUCUCAAAGCUCAUAAUUGAGCCUAAAGCUUAACAGAUUAGUUAAAAAGAAAGAUAAAGAUUGCUUUCCCCAUUAUUCCAUCUCUUGGAUGAAAUUUCUUCCUGAGUACAGAUCUAGAAUCAGACCUACAUAUGAAUGCCAUGUAUUUUACUCUAGGAACUACUGUUAUUACAGAUACAUAGGACAUAAGGAAGUUUAAGAUUACUUGAAAAUAUGUUAAAUUAUGUUCUUUUUAUCCCUUUUUGAACACUUGGAAUAUAUAUAUGACAAGCAAGUGAAUUAUAUUUUCAGAAUUAAGUGUUCCAUCAGUUGCUGUAUGUACUUCAACAUUUUCAGUAAUGUUUUGUGCUUAAUGACAACGUUGGUCACAGCUCUUGGAUCAAGUGUUUAAUUUUGACAUUGUUUCUGUUUUCUGUCAUACUAAUAUCCUUGUUAUACAAAUCCACAUUUCCAGCGUAAUCUAUUUUCAUGUGUAGAGCAAUUCUUUUUUCAAUCAUUCAUUCAAACAAAAAAAGAGUGCCAUAUUUCAGGGGAUGGUUUUAUAUAGUUAGAAAAAAAAAAUUAAAAAAUGAUCACAAGCUUUGCAUGAAAAAAACAAAAAACACCUGUCAUAUGUGUUCAUUUUCCUGUGCUGUUAGCUUUCUGCUUGGAUGGAGCACAACUGUACAGCUCAAGAUGUAAUGCAUGUUUCCAACACAAGAUGGGAAUCUUUGCCUGAUAAGUAUUUCAAUUAUUAUUAAGUGAGAAAAUUGCAGAGAAAUAAUUACAUGUCAGUAUAUUUUUUAACCUGUGAUCAAAUUAAUAUUAUUUUUUCUCUCACUGUUUUAUAUUGAAUACAAAUACAGUUUUGAAACCAAAUUUAUCCAAGAAAUAUUCCACUCUUUAUGGAUAAUGGGGCAGAUAAAUGACCAUAUUUCAUUCUUAAAAAGAAACUCCUGUUAUAAAAUUAAAGAAUGAUA